CUUUUACUGGGCCGGAAUCGUCCGCAGCAUGCUGUCCCGUCGCGCGAUGAACGGGCUCGUUCGCCUUGGCCGCCCGCAGGCGAUGAAGAUGAUGAUGUCGACCAAGGGCCAGAACAUCGAGGUCCAGCGCAUGAAGCUGCGCGAGGCGCCGUUUGAGGACGUGCUCUACGGCAACGACGUGGGCAUCCGCAGCGUGACGUUCAACCGCCCGAGCGUGCUCAACGCGCUGAACCUGCCGAUGAUCCGCAGCCUCGCGCCCAAGAUCAACAAGUUUGAGCGCAACCCGACCGUGAACGCCAUCAUCUUUGAAGGCGCCGGCGAGAAGGCGUUCUGCGCCGGCGGCGACAUUCGCUUCCUCUACGAGAACGGCAAGGACCCGGCGACGCGCCACUUGGCGCUCGACUUUUUCCGCGAAGAGUACCGCCUCAACUACACGCUCGCGACCAUGUCGACGCCGGUCAUCUCGAUCAUCAACGGCAUCACCAUGGGCGGCGGCGUCGGCCUCUCGAUGCACGGCAAGUUUGUCGUCGCGACCGAGAAGACGACGUUUGCGAUGCCCGAGACGGCCAUUGGCUUCUUCCCGGACGUCGGCGGCUCGUACAUUCUGCCGCGCAUUGGCCGCAAGAUUGCGCAGCAGGAAAAGUACCAGCCGCUCGUGUCGGCGUCCGACUCGCUCGAGGGCCAGGGCCUCGGUACGUUCCUUGCGCUGACCGGCGAGCGCCUCAAGGGCGCCGAGGUCUUUGGCGUCGCGCUCGCGACCCACUUUGUCGAGUCCAAGGAGCUCGUGGACCUCCGCAACCACCUCGUCGAGUUUGACUUUGAUCCGGAAGUGCGCCAGUCGAUGCGCGACGAGAUCAUUGACGAGUCGAUCGGCGACCUCGAGACCGAGGUCGAAGAGACGAACGAAGAGUUCCUCUCGACGGUCGAGGCGGUCUUUGGCGCCACUAACAAGGACGACACCGUCGAGGGCAUUCUCUCGCGUCUCUCGGCCCUCGAUACCGAGUGGUCGCGUAAGAUCCACGCCAAGCUCGCCAAGGUGUCGCCGUUGAGCCUCAAGGUGACGCACCGCCAGAUGCGUGAGGGCGCGACCAAGAGCGCGGCCGAGUGCUUCCAGAUGGAGUUCCGCAUGGCCACGCGCAUGAUGGAGAACCCGGACUUCUUUGAAGGUGUCCGGUCCGUCAUCAUCGACAAGGACAACGCGCCCAAGUGGCUCCAUGCGUCGGUUGCCGACGUGUCGGUCGACGAAGUAGAUAGAUUUUUCGCGCCGCUCGCCGACGAGGACGAGCUCGUGCUGUACGAAGCGUCGCCGGUGGACGCCGAGUAAAGAAGCUCUGAAAAAGUAGUUGCUCCUCCGA